CAACUUAGUGGCUUCUCUCAUCUUCACCACCGUCAUAAUACGUUUCCGUCUCGAGUUGCCGGAAAAGAAGCUACUCUCUACGUCGCUUCUACUGAUCACAUGGAAGAGAACAACAAUAACGCCGGGAGCGAUUCAGACUCUAAUUCCGUAGACGGUUCACAGGACUAUUACGAACCGAUCUCAGCCGUCGAUCAAGAGAACGACGGGAGCGAUGAGGAAGACAGUUAUCAUCCGAUCGGCGGCGGAGAUGGCUUCAGCCACGGCCUCUCCAACGGCCAUUGUAUGAUUCCGGAAACAGAGGAAAGAAUCUCUUCUAUUAGUAUAAACGCAGACGCAGAGAGCGAAGAAGAGGCGGAGACGGAGGCGGAGACGGAGACGGAGACGGAAUCGGAGAUCCGUAGAGCGUUCGAAGAGGACGAACGGCGUAGGAGAUCGCCGUUAAUCGAGGAGAAUGCCGUUAGGGUUAUGGAGGCAAUGCGAGCAAUAUCGUUCCCUGGAACGGCUCCUGAUUGGGCUUCCGAUGUUAAUGAGGAUCGUUGGAUUGAUCAGCUUCAAAGAUUGAGAUCCACUUCUCUCAGUAACUAACUCUGUUGUUUUAUUUCUCCUGGAUUAUCGAACUCAUUACUUUGUUGUUUUCCGUUCAAAGAUCUUUCUCAAUUUUGUUCAGUGUGACUUUAAACAUUUCAAUACAAAAUCAGAGAUCUCAACUU